AUGCCAGCUGGCUCCGAGUCCCAUCCUUAUUAUCCUCUGGGGGUCAACAUCGUCGGCUAUGCACCCAACCAAAGCCCCGUUCUUGAGCUGUUAGCAUUGGCAAGUGGAGGAUGUACGCUCCUUCUCGGCUUGACCUUUGCAGUGGCCAGUCAUGUGCGACCAGCGCUUCGCAUGGCGGAUCGGAUUGCCAUUCUGUGGUUUGUGCUCUCUGGAACUUUGCACUGUUUCUUCGAGGGGUAUUUUAUGCUGAACCAUAAGCACAUGGCUUCAGCUCAGGAUCUCUUCGGGCAGCUAUGGAAAGAAUAUGCACUGUCGGAUUCUCGAUACAUGACUUCGGACACCCUGGUCCUGUGUAUGGAGACUAUCACGGUGAGCCCUAAGGAAGACUAG